AGAUUGGCGGAAUUGAUACCAGUUCCGUUUAAAUAUUUGCCACGGCUUGUGUUUGGGGACAGACUCGUGCAGGUUGUAUUAAAUAUUUGUCAAGAAAUGCCGCACUCAGGGACGGGUGUUUUAAUCCUAUGAGGAACUGAUCGCUGGAGAUAGGCCAUCGUCGCCAAUGAUCCGCUUCGUACCUCACUAUUGAGCGAUGACUCCAAACUCAUUCCUAUUUCAAACUUUUCUAUUUAAGGAGUAUAAUAGAUCUAUUCAGUAGGUGUUCCUGUAUUGUUUGACAUAGUAGUCCAAUCAGCGGGUUUUCUGAGGUGUUAGCGGGGAGAGAUACGAUUGUAUCAGGGCAGUACGUGUCCCCCGUCCACAGAUCGUACGGGGUUACACGGGGAUCAUCGCAUUUCUACCGGAGAGGAACAAAAGAUGACUUUUACGUGUAUCUUCAUGGGUACUUAACGGACAAAUCCGCUGUCAUCGACUGAGUUAUAUGUACAUAAAUAAACGCAGCGAUCCACAAAAAAGUUCAUACACUGGGAAUGUGAAGAAGUUUUAAAAGCUUUCAACAAGAGAAGUACAAUUAUGACCAUAGAUAAUCAGGAAAUCGCACUUGUUCUGGCGCGGAAAAGGGAUGAAAAAGUUUUACAGAAGGAGUUAUCAACGAUUAAAAUAGAAAAACACAACUCUGUGGCCGACAUCAAACGAUGUCAGAAAGAAAUGAAAAAACGACUGAAGAAGAUACGAGAUAGGCAAAGAGAAAUACAAAGGUCAAGGACAAAGAUAGAGGAGCCACAGGAAGACGCGGACUUUGGCAUGCCUACAGUUCCGGUCUCUGUCAAAUCACAAGCCCGACCAAAAACCGGACCGCCCUCUUCAUUGAGGAAUAAAGUGUCAAACUUUUUCAAACCCAAACUUGAGCUAAAUGACCCGGAAGUGGAAAUAGAUCCAUCACUUGUGUCGGAUCAGACUAAAUCUAAAAUAGACUUGAGACCAGCAACGGCGCGUGCACUAAUGGAAGAUAAGUCUCUCCUCGAUAGGUGUCGCUCUGCCGGAAGGUUAGGAACAAAAGCUUCAGAGUGUAGGUAUUUUGAUCCCGACGAUAUUAACGACAGGAACAAAUUUUACAAUGGUCUAGUAAACAACUGGAAGCGUACUGAAAAAGAAAACUACAACAACAUUGAAAUGAGAGUGGGUCAAUUCUUGGGUCAAAAUGAUGAACUGUUGAAUCGCCGAGUAAUGCGAUCUAACUUUUUACGACAGACAGAUGUUCCUGUGGUUCAGAGAAAGAAACCUUCCACUUUGGAGACGCAUUACUCGUCCUCGCCUCACGUAAGACCCGUCUCUUCCGGAAAUGACUUCCGGCCUCCUGAUAGAGUUUUCAAACACACUGCUCUUCCACAAAGAGUGUUGUCGGCGGCCAUUAGUAGCCGACAGCCUACAGAGAUUCGUUCUCGCGUGAGGCCUUUCUCUCAUAAAUAACUUACUGGAUCGCAGUCAUAUUGACUCUUUAUUAUAAACACUGUCUAGGAAUUACUAAAGUAAUAUUGGAAAAUUGAAUUGUCUUUGUUUUCAAAAAUAUUUAUUUUAUGAGUUAUAUGCCAUGCUACAUGUUUUUUUUUUAUGUUAUUCAUAUUUUACAAUGAACACGUGUAUCUGCCAGACAUUGUCUUAUAGAACUGUCUUGCUCCAAUAAUU